AUGGACCGUGAAAAGCACAGUGACGCCCGGUACGCCGGACUGGCCGGUGGGUUAACUGGCUGCAUAACACGCUUCAUCUGUCAGCCGCUCGAUGUGCUCAAGAUUCGGCUCCAGCUGCAGGUGGAACCGAUAAAGACCGGCUCUACCCAAUCCAAGUAUCGCUCGAUCGCACAAACGGUCGCCUGCAUCUAUCGCGAGGAAGGACUGCUCGCCUUCUGGAAGGGCCACAACCCGGCGCAGGUACUGUCGCUCGUGUACGGUGUGGCACAGUUUUCCUUCUACGAACGGUUCAACCGAAUAUUGCGCGAUAUUCCGCUGCUGGACGGGCACGAUCAGGGACGACAGUUUCUGUGCGGCGCAUGCAGUGGCUCGUUUGCGGCGCUCACUAUCAUGCCGCUGGACGUGAUACGAACGAGGCUCGUUUCACAGGACCCCGGUCGGGGCUAUCGGAACGCACUUCAGGGAUUGGGAUCGAUCUACCGCCACGAAGGUGUCCGUGGACUGUACCGUGGUGUAGGUCCAGCCAUGUUACAGAUCGCUCCACUCGCCGGUGGUCAGUUUAUGUUUUACAAUCUGUUCGGUACGAUCGUGAAGCGUGUGGAAGGAUUGCCACCCGAAGCACAGCUACCUUCCGGUGAACUGUUUGUCUGCGGUGGAUUGGCCGGAUUCUGUACCAAGCUACUCGUGUAUCCGCUGGAUUUGACGAAGAAACGACUACAGAUACAGGGAUUUGCACAGAGCCGGCAAACAUUCGGGCAACACUUUGUCUGCCGCCAUAUGAUUCACUGUCUGGUACAGGUCGGACAGGGCGAAGGCCUGCGGGGACUGUACAAAGGGCUGCUGCCAUCGUUGCUAAAGGCCGGCUGCACAUCGGCCUUUUACUUUACCAUCUACGACACUCUGCUGCUGCUGUUCAACAGCGAAAAAAGCUUUAAAUAA